AUGGCCCACAAGGAAGCGGCGCCAGGCUCCUUGAAGCGCAAGAGACGGCCCACUAGGAGAGCAGACAAAGCGCACAUCUCUGGUCAUGCCCACCUCGACAGCAAACUCAAAGGAGAGAUUGCCCUGCUUUCUCAUGACCUGGUCGACGACUUGUUUCCUGCCUCAUCAGCAGACUCUGGAGACAUCUACAAUGUGGCCAUCACUCCCUGGGCUCCGUCUUCCGUCGUCGCCGACGCGGCCACCCAGUGGGUCAUCAUACCAUGCAGAAGACUCCCUCGAGGACACCCCGAUCUGCCGCACUCUUCGAUCAGGAUAUCCAUCUUCUCCCACGUAGCACACGCUCUCCAGCGAGCAUUACAUACCCAAUCACCCAAUCGUUCUCUGCGUCCUGCCUCAACCCUCGAGAUCUGCCUCACCCAAGUCGUCGCACUACCCCUGGACAUCGUUUACGUCUCGCUCGACUCAUCGCCUUCCGAGAGUGCCAAUAAACCCCAGAAAAGUAAUGCCAACGGGUCUCUGCGUGUCUCGAAGGCUGGGAAAGAUAAGGCCUCGGCAAGGCCAGCCGCAGUUGACUCUGAUCAAGCAACUCGCGCUGUACGAGACGCUUUGGAUGUUGUACGAGUCGUAAGAGCUGGUGACGUCUUGUCCCUCACGCUGGCGCGUCCUCAAACACAAGCCUCUGCUUCGCCUGCCUUGAUCACAGCCUGUGAACCUGUCUCUCAAGGACUCAUUGCCUCGACAACACAGAUAGUCGUCGUCUCACAGAACGAGCGUCGUAAGAAAGCGUCUCGGUCGGUAACCUUUUCCCAGCCAGACGAAGAUACUGCCAACGAGUCAUUCUAUACUGCCGCUGAAGAUGGCGCGCUUUCAUCAGCAAACUCCCCGCCUGCUGAUACUGUGCAGGACUCAGACUUGGCUUCUGAAGACGCUCUGUCUGAUUUGGGUGAUCUGUCGGAUGAUCCCGAUGAUAUGAUAUCUUUGAGCUCGCCUUCCGUUGGGUCUCAGCCCUCGGGCAUACUUUCUGCCAGAUCCAAUGCGACCCCAAAACUUUUCGGCAAUCCGCGUGGCAUCAACACCCCUGGAUCUGUAUUUUCAUCGAUGACCUCGACAACUAUGAGGGGGGCGCAAGGAGGACGGACCAAAACUUUCAAGACACAAGGGCUUCUGGAACGCAUUCCAGAUGCCUUUCUUCAUCCAAAACCUGGCUCGCAACAGGAUGAAGAAGCUCGGGUAUACGUCGACACGAGUGCUUUGGCAAAACUUGGUUGCUUUUCUGGUGAUUGGAUUCAAUUACAAGUGGCGGAAGAUCCUGCCAGCGCAAACUCUUUAAUGUCGUUCUUCCGAGAUCCAGAGAUCGAUGAGAAUGCCAUCUGGAGGCCACUCAAGAUAUACGGACUACCCGAGAGCCUGUCGGUCAGGACACAGAAGUACCCCUUGAAUAACAAGUCUGGCCGACGCGAUAGCAUUUCUUCUUCACAUCCUAUCUCUGUCGCUCCUGCUACCCUUCAUCUGUCACCUGUUCUGCUGGCCAAUCUUGGAAAUCCCGGUCAUGUGCGGGUAUCGUCCUUGCGAAUUGCAGAUGUCUCUAACUUUCUACGUCCUGGACAAACCAAGUCAAGGUUCCAAGGCUCAUCCUUACCACCUACAGCUAAGGAAGUGACCUUAUCCAGGCUAUCAACACCUCUCUCGGAAGAAAAGUCAACUCAGCCAAGUUUGUUCGCCCGACUACAAGAUCACUUCAAGCAAAAGCAGCGCAUUGUGAAGUCUGGUGAUCUCAUCGCCAUUCCGAUUGACGAAGCCUUAGGCAAAGCAGUGUUUGAGGGAGGUGCCGCAGACGAGACAAAUGAUAUAUUGACUCAUCUUGAGUCUUCUUUGGGCAACGGCUCCACCAAAGCCCAAUCACGCGCGUCAGCAGUCGCGUGGUUUCAGAUUGGUGAUGUAAGUUCGCCUUUCAACAGCGACGCUCAGGAUGCUGAGGAGGUCGGAAUCUGGGGGGGAGUUGUGACCAUUGAUCCUACAGAAACCAGAAUGAGUCAAUCGGGAGCACUGCAGAGGAAGCUGCCACCCACAACCCACAACUCGUGGGAAUUCUAUCACGGCAUCAGAAAAGUGCCCCGGACGGCUGUUAGUGCAAGCUCUCAUCUUCGCACACCACCGAAAGAACAUGUGCCGUUGUUGCAGCGGCGUAUACGAGAGCUUAUGGCAGCUGCUAUGAGCCCUCGUGCUGUCCACCUUGGACUUCCGCCUCUCGCCAUCCUUUUGACAUCAACUCAGAGAAACAUCGGCAAAGCCUACACAGUCUCUCGUGCUUGUCAUGAUUUAGGUGCUCACGUCUUCUCUAUCGAUGCGUACGAGUUGGUUUCUGAAGGAGCUGCCGGAGGUGGAGACACCAAGACAGAAGGCUUCCUCAAGGCUAGAGCUGAGCGAGGAUUGCAUUGUGGUGCGCAGCACACAUCGCUCUUGAUUCGUCACCUCGAGGCUCUCAGUUCAGAUCGCAUGGCUGGAGCUUUGAAAGAUAUUCUAGCGGAUUGUCGUGUGUUGAUCGCUACCUCGACAGAGGUAGACAAGAUCCCAGAUGCCAUUCGCGGCCUUUUCACCCACGAACUCGAGAUGACUGCGCCUGACGAAGCAGAAAGGGAGGGUAUCCUCCAGUCAAUCAUCGCAAACUCGGGUCUCGUUAUUUCGCCUCUGGUUGAUCUGAGCACUGUGGCAGUAAAGACAGCUGCCCUGGUCGCUGGUGAUCUCGUUGAUGUGGCAGAGAGAGCUGUGCUCAACCAGGCGACUCGCCUCGAAUCUCUAGCAACUGCAGCUACUGCGUCUCGCGAACAAGCCAUCUCUGUCAGAGACAUUCAGCUAGCUGGUGGGGAUUCAGCUACCUCGCUAACGUCUGCGGACUUCGACAAGGCAGUCGAUGACGCCAGGAAGAACUUUGCUGACUCGAUUGGCGCUCCCAAAAUUCCUAAUGUGCAAUGGUCGGAUGUCGGAGGUUUAGCUAAUGUCAAGGAGGCUGUCAUUGAGACCAUCCAGCUACCGCUCUCACGCCCAGAGCUUUUCGCAAAGGGCCUCAAGAAACGUAGUGGUAUUCUGUUUUACGGUCCGCCAGGAACCGGAAAGACGUUGCUGGCAAAGGCCAUCGCAACAGAGUUCAGUCUCAACUUCUUCUCCGUCAAAGGGCCCGAGCUACUCAACAUGUAUAUUGGUGAGUCCGAGGCGAACGUGAGACGUGUCUUCCAAAGGGCUAGAGAUGCAAGACCUUGUUGCGUGUUCUUCGAUGAACUCGACUCAGUCGCACCGAAACGUGGCAACCAGGGCGACAGUGGUGGUGUCAUGGAUCGUAUCGUCAGUCAACUGCUCGCCGAGUUGGAUGGCAUGAGUGACGGGGAUGAAGGUGGUGGCGGUGUCUUUGUCAUCGGUGCAACAAACAGACCAGAUCUGCUUGAUCAAGCUCUUCUGCGCCCAGGCCGCUUCGAUAAGAUGCUGUACCUUGGUAUCAGCGAUACGCAUGAAAAGCAGCAGAGAAUUUUGGAGGCGCUCUCAAGAAAAUUCACACUCGAUCCGGAGCUAGAUCUUGGUCGCGUAGCAGAAAAGCUUCCGUUUACUUAUACAGGUGCCGAUCUCUACGCUCUCUGUUCUGAUGCUAUGCUCAAAGCCAUCACCCGAUCCGCUCGCAUCGUGGACAACAGAGUGGCUGAGAUCAAUGACGAACGAGCAAGACGUUCUCCACCUGAGCCUCCAAUAUCUGUUGCUUACUUCUUCGACCACUUUGCUACUGAGGUAGACACGAGUGUCGUCGUGGCCGAGGAAGAUUUCAUGGCAGCGGAACGCGAACUUGUUCCCAGUGUCAGCGCCGAUGAACUAGGCCACUACGAGCGCGUCCGUCGUGAGUUCGAAGGUGGCAAGGAGAAAGAAGAAAAGGCAUCUCAACAACCCAAUGGCACAGGCAGCAGAAAUAUCAAUGGCAAAGGCAAGGCAAUCGACCAAGAGUUCACUGACUCUGUUGAUGAGGAUUUUGUUAUUAGAACCGACCAUCUGUCGAUCAACGGGUCUGGCAAGGGAAAGGGUAAAGCGAGAGCUGAGAUCCCGGAUGGGGCACGGUUUGGGGAGGGGGCUGAUGAUGAGGACAUGUACGCAUGA